AUGCAACUCGGUCUCUCAGAAAGCCUCUCGGCGCUGGUCGCCCGGCGCUUUAAAGCUGCCAAAGAAAGUAACCACCUAGUGUUCUCGCCUACACACGUGUCAAUCGUCAUGGCUGCAGGGAUCCCAUACCAACUACGCUAUUGUCCUGCUCUCGCAAAGAAGCCUUCCAAUCUCAAACCAGAAUCUGGCCCCAAAGGACCGAAACCUGAUCCCUUUGAAAACCCUUCUCCGGAGCUUCUGCUCGCCCAUUUCCCGCCCGAGAACCCGUCCCAUGCCCUCGUGCUCAACAAAUUCCCCGUUAUCCCGAACCACUUCAUCCUUGCGACGAAGGAAUGGAGGGCUCAAACGGACUUGCUGGAGAAGGCGGAUCUGGAAGCUACAUAUGGAUGUCUGCGUACAUGGGGCUUCGAGAAUAGCAGCAGCAGCAACAGCGCAGAGAAACCCCGCCUCUACGCCUUCUUCAACUCCGGCGAGGACAGCGGUGCCAGCCAACCACACCGCCACCUUCAAUUCCUUCCUGUCGAAGCAAUGCGCCAAUCCGGCACAGAGGGAUGGCAUCCCCUCAUCGAACUCUUAGCCGCCCAACAACCCAAAACACAACCCCCUUCGUCGCCAACCUCCACAUCCUCAGCAUUCCAAUACAUGCCUCAUCUCCCAUUCGCCCACUUCGCCCUGCCCCUGCCCCCGAACCCAUCCCCAGAAACGCUCCACUCGAUCUAUAUGUCUCUCUACCGCGCCGCCGUAGCUGCAACAGAAGGUCGGGACCCGGCGCAGGCCCAAGUUGACUUACCGUCGGAUGGUCCAGCCGCCAUAAGCUAUAAUCUCGCCAUGACAUUAUCAACCAUGAUGAUCGCGCCGAGGAAAGUCGAAACCGCUACCGUCCCUGUUGACCUGGCUGCGGCCAGUGAUACCAUUGAUCCGGGGGUUAUUUCGUUAAACGGAACUAUCCUUGCGGGUACGCUUAUGGUUAAGGCCGAGGCGGAAUGGGAUUCUCUGAGACAUCAUCCAGAGAAUUUGAACCGUGCUUUGAGGGAUGUGGGAUUUCCGAGGGUUGAUUAUUGUGGAGGGUCUGUGUUGUGA